AUCGAUUGGAAUGAUGAUAAAACAGGUGCCCAUAUAUUUGAGUGUGUUGCUAAUUUUGGUUGUGUACCAUGAUGAAGUGGAGUGUGCAGUAAUGAGAAGAAGGGGUAUGUUUAACAGAAUACCUGAUUACGAGUCAAUAAUGUCCUACCCUGGAACCUCGUACGACUACGAAGUCCAACAGAGCCAAUGCGGGGGGAAUGGCGAACAUCCAUCUCCUAAUUAUGAAUUCGAAGGACCAGCAUUACGAAACUAUAGAGAAAACACUCGUUAUCCUAUGUAUUCAGACUAUCAGAUGCUAGAUCAACAAAUUUAUGCACAUGGACCGAAUGUUCAUACUGAUGCUCCAUCAAUGUAUGAACUAGAGAAUCCAUAUACAGAUCAACAGUAUUAUGAACCUGUAACUGUUGGUCCACCAAUGUAA